UUCCAGUAGCAAAUGACUAAAAAACAACAGACAUAAAAAAAAAACCCAGUUUUUGUAGCCUUACUGUAGUUUCACUCAAUCUCUGUCAGAUUCCCAUUUUCUAAUAUUGCUUCUGUUACAAGCUCCCCCAACUCAUAUAGAUCUUGCAUUCUUCUACAGUUUUUAGGAUUUUGGACUAGUGUGGACUUCAUCACUAAAGUUGUAGAAUUGGAUUCUUAAUUAAAAUCUUGUAGAACUCAGCAUUUUGUGGUUCAUGGUUGGAUAGUAAUGUUGAGGAAUACCAAAUGGAAGGUUGACAGGCCUAAAGUAAAAGUUGUAUUUCGCCUGCAAUUUCAUGCCACAAAUAUUCCAUCGAGUGGAUGGGAAAAGUUAUUUGUCUGUUUCAUACCUGUUGAAUCUGGAAAGAUCAUUGCAAAGACUAGCAAAGCAAAUGUCAGAAACGGGACAUGUAAAUGGGCAGAUCCGAUCUACGAAACUACAAGACUGUUUAUAGAUUCUAGAAACAAGCGAUAUGAUGAUAAACUAUACAACCUCAUUGUGGGGAUGGGCACUUCACAUGCUAGUAUCCUCGGCGAGACUACCAUUAAUCUUGCAGAGUAUGCGGACGCAUCGGAACCUUAUGUUGUUGCUUUGCCUCUUCAUGGAUCAGACAAUGGAACCAUAUUACAUGUUACAGUUCAGUUGUUGACGGCUAAAACUGGAUUCAGAGAGUUUGAACAACAGUUUGAUAGGGGCUUGCAAAGCAGCAGCAAUCUAAACCGAGAAGGGGAACCUACCAUUGCCACAUCGUCUUCCGAAUUACAGAUCUCUGAUGAUCACGGAGAUAAGGUUAAUAAUAGAAUACAUUUUGGAUCGGAAGCUGAAAAGUUAAUAUCAGCUGUGGAAGAAACGGGCAUCCAUCAAGAUUUUUCAUAUCCGGCACUUGAAUAUAGUGGUUCGUGCAACGCCGCUGAAAGUUACUAUGCUGAUAAGCAUGAUUUAUCUGGCAUCCAUGAAUCCCGGGAUUCAAACGGGACAGUGCAUAGUCAAAAACUGCCAGCUGAGGAGGCAGAGAGGCGUGAUCAACAAAGGUGGAUUUCAGAUCACUCAGUAAAUAAUGACUUAGCAAUUGCUCAUGAAGAGAAUCAUAAACUCAAAGGAAGCUUGGAAAUUGCUGAAGCUUUCAUUUCCGAGCUUAAGCAAGAACUAAACGUACUGUAUAGCCGUGCUAAUGAGAUGGGUAUGGAAACACAUAGGAUUGCAGAUCAUCUAACAAAUGAGAUUUCCUCAGGCCUUAAACUCGAAAGAGAGAUUAGGAUGCUUAGAUCAGAAUGUUUGAAGUUCAAAGAUGAGCUAGAACAGUUGAAAGAAAUAAAAGUAAGGUCACAAUUUAUAGAUACAGCACAUGAUCAGCGUGUAAAUGGACAUUUCCUUGUGAGGGAUCGAAUAAAGAAGCUGCAAGAAAAAUGUUAUAUUGGUAUCCGUGAAUCUGAUUUGGGCUUUGUACACUCGGAAUUAGAAGUGCUUCUUGGCAUUUUGCAGAAUCUUGAAGUGGGAACUGGAUUUACAAGAGGUUAUGAUUUGGGAGAAAAUCAAAGUGUGGAACUUUUAAGUCAACUAAAUGAAGCAAGAUCUGAAAAAGGAAGUCUUAUAAAAAAGAUGAAUGAAAUGGAGUGUUACUAUGAAACAUUAGUGCAGGAGCUCGAGGAGAACCGGGACCGGAUUCUUGGAGAGUUUCAGAAGCUCAGAUAUGAGCAUUCAUCUUGUGUUUACAGUAUUUCAACCUGCAAAGCCGAGACUGAAUCAAUUCGACAUUGUAUGAAAGAUCAAAUCCUGAAAUUUGACAAAGAAAGAUAUGAUUUGGGCUCUGUUAUUGAGGAUCUCAAUAACAGGGUAAUGGUUGCUGAAGCACUGGUGCAAGAACUUGAUGAAAGCCGAGAACAAAUUCUGGGAGAGUUUAAGAGCCUAAAACAGGAGCAUUCGACAUGUGCUGGCACUAUUUCAGCCUGCACAUCCAAGAUGGAAGCAAUACACCAUGAUAUGAACAAUCAAAGCUUAAAGUUUGCUAAAGAAAGACAUGAUUUGGGACAGGUUAAUGAGGAACUCCAGAAAAGGGUUACGGCUGCUGAAUCGCUUGUGCAAGAGCUCAAAGAAAACCAGGAAAAGGUUACAGGAGCAUUUCAGCGUUUUAAAGAUGAACAUUCAACCUGUGCUGAUAUAAUUUCGACUUGCCAAACCAAGACUGAGUUGAUUAGCCGUGAUAUGAGCGUUCAAAGUUUAAAGUUCGCUAAAGAAAAACAUGAUCUGAGUUGUGCUAAAGAAGAGCUUGAGAAAAGGGUUUCAGACCUCGAGAAAAACCGAAAACAGAUUCUAGGAGAGUUUCAGAUCCUAAAAACCGAGCAUUUAACAUGUGCUGACAUUGUUUCAGCCUACAAAACAGAGAUUGAAUCGAUACGCUAUGAAAUGAACAAUCAAAGCUUAAAAUUUGCAACUGAAAGACAUGAUUUGGGCUGUAUUAUUGAGGAGCUCGAAAGAAACCAGAAACAGCUUGUCGAAGACUUGCAGAGCCUUAAACACGAGCAUUCGGCUUGUGUCGAUACUAUUUCAACGUGUGAAACCGAGACUGAAUCACUACAACAAGAUAUGAAAGAUCAAAUCUUGAAAGUUACUGCAGAAAGGGAUGAUUUCAGGUGUGUGAAUGAGGAACUCAAGAAAAGAAUUUUGGAGCUGGAGGAAAGCCGGGAACAGAUCGUGAGAGAGUUUCAGAGCCUUAAAAACGAGCAUUCGGAAUGUGUCGAUACGAUUUUGACCUGCAAAACCGAAACUGAAUCAAUGCACCAUGAUAUGAAAGAUCAAAUCAUGCAAAUAAUUAAAGAAAGAGAUGUUCUGAGUUGUCAGAAUGAGGAACUCAAGAAAAGAAUUUUGAAUCUGGAGGAAAGCCGGGAACAGAUUGUGGGAGAGUUUCAGAUCCUACGAGAUGAGCAUUUUUCUUGUCACGACAAAAUUUUGGCCUGCAAAACUGAGACUGAAUUGAUAGGUCAUGACAUGAAAGAACAAAUUGUAACAUUUACUAAAGAAAAUCAUGCUAUAAGUUGUGUUAAUGAGGAACUCGAGAAAAAGGUUACAGAGCUUAAGAAUAACAGUGAACAUAUUUUGGCCGAGUUGGAGAGCCUUAAAUGUGAGCAUGCGACAUGUGGGGACACUAUUUUGAUCUGCAAAUCCGAAACGGAAUUAAUAUGCCAGGAUUUGAAUGAUCAAAUGUUAAAGUUGGCAAAAGAAAGAGAUGAUUUGGGUUGUGUUAACAAGGAGCUCGAGAAAAAGGUUAUGACUCUAGAAACAGCACUGGAAAGGGCUCGUUUGAAUUACUCUGUUGCAGUGAUGCAAUUGCAAAAGAAUCUUGACAUGCUAUCGUCUCAAGUUUCUUCCAUGUUUGAGACCAAUCAGAACCUUAUUAGAGAUACCUUUUCCGAAUCUUCGAUACCUUUAUCUCAAAAGUGCCUAAAUAGAACCGUAAACUGUGGUCAAAAACAGCUCUUUGACGGUGAUGAUCUUUCAGAUGAAGAUUUUUAUAUAAUAUGUUGUGCAAACUUGUACUUGGAUGUGUACACAGUGACUCUCAAGGAGAAAUUAUUCGAAGUGAGUAUCGAUGUCAACAAAAUGAAGGAACAACUAAACAACUAUAAAAAGAAGUUAGAACUUUCACAUGACAAGAACGAGACUGAAGGGCGGUCAGAAUCUUUACGGAUAGCUUUCAUGAAAGAACAAUGUGAAACCACGGUACAAGAUUUGAAGCAACAGCUUUUUGUUUCUAAAAGGAAUGGUGAUGACAUAUUGAUUAAAUUGCAAGAUGCCCUUGAUGAAAUCGAUAGCAGGAAGAAAUCCGAAGCUUCUUACUUGAAAAGGAUUGAAGAAUUGUCGUUAAAGAUUGUGGGGUUGGAAGGUGAGUUAGAGUCGGUACAUGCUGAACUUGAUUGUGCUCUCUUGAACCUUGAAUGUUGCAAGGAAGAGAAAGAAAAGAGUGUUACUUUGCUGCAACAAUGUGAGGAGGAGAAGUUGAAAAUCAUGUUUGAACUUUCUCUGUUGCAAGAGCAAUUAGCCCAGAGAGAAGAUAAAUCACUUCUUUCAAUCAUGAGUUCUGGCUCAUGUUUUCAAGAUUUACAGAGAGAACUUGUGCAACUACACAAGGCCAACGAAGAGCUCGGGAGAAUAUACCCAGAUUUUAAAAAUUUUCCGGGUGAUGGAAAUGCUUUAAAAAGAGUGCUUGCCUUGGAAAUCGAGCUUGCCGAAGCAUUGACUGCGAAGAAGAACUCAAAUAACCAAUUUCAAAGUUCUUUCCUUAAACAGCACGGCGAUGAAGCAGCAGUCUUUAAAAGCUUCAAAGACAUCAACGAGCUGAUUAGAGACACAUUGGAAAUCAAAGGUAGUUACGUAAAUGUGGAAACUCAACUAAACGAGAUGCAUGAGCGUUACUCAGAGUUAAGCCUGAAAUUUGCAGAGGUUGAAGGAGAGCGACAAAAACUUAUGAUGAUCGUCAAGAACAUUAGAUCGCCUAGAAAUCAGCAUCACAUUAAACGCUCCUCAUCAGAAACACUGGAUAAGAAUCUUUUGUAGAGUCAAAGUUAGUCAACCAUAGUGUUUAAAAGUCGACAGAAUCUGUGAAUAGUUUUGGGAUUAACUGCAGGAUGCUCGAAUAGAAUAUGCUAGUGUUUUCGGGUGGUGUAAAUGGGUUUAGUGACAAAGGGUAGAACCGUUAUGCAAAUGUUUUAACAAAGCUUUCGGUCAUCUAACUUUUCUUCGACUUUUGGCUUUGCUAUUCCAUGUAAUGAUUCACAUUUGUACAGAUAUUCAUUCUUUCAUCAGGUUUUCUUGUGUUUCUAUUCAA